AUCUCUUAAUCUUUACAAAAACAAGUUCUUGACUUUAGCAAAAACCAACUUUGCAGCACCAAGAACCCCUCUUCAAUGGGGUUUAUAUCUUUACCUAAGCCCUGCCAAUGGAAUCCAAGGGUUUAUCCCACCAUUCCCAAAAGUUCAAUCCCAUAUUCGCUCAAUCCUCUGCAUUUCUUCACUACAACCCAAGAUUCACUCCCUCCAGACCCAGUCUACGAAGCCCCAACAGCUGAACCCGAGGCCUCGAGUAAUGCAUCGGUUCAAGGAGAAGACAAGGAGAAGCUUACCGGGAGAGUUCGGCGAGGAAAGCAUCAGAACCCAGAAAAAGUAGAGGAUAUUUUCUGGAGAAUGAUUGUAAAUAGGGCAUGGACAACACGUGUUUUGCUUUGGGGUUUCUUUCUGUCAUUGAGGCUUGAGACUGCUAAUAGGUUUUAUGAUGAUAUGAAGAGUAGGGGGAUUUCACCUGACGCGGUUACUUAUAAUACAAUGAUUAAUGGGUAUUAUAGGUUUAAGAAAAUGGAGGAGGCAGAAAAGUCGUUUGUGAAGAUGAAGGCAAAGAAUAUGGAACCUACAGUGAUAAGUUAUACUAACAUGAUAAAAGGGUAUGUGGGUAUGGAGCGAGUUGAUGGUGCAUUGAGGUUGUUUGAAGAGAUGAAAUACUUUGGUAUCAAGCCUAAUGCAAAAACAUAUUCAACUUUGUUGCCAGGGCUGUGUGAUGCAGGGAAAAUGGCUGAGGCUAAUACGAUUUUGAAGGAGAUGCUGGAGAGGUAUAUUGCCCCAAAGGAUAAUUCAGUUUUCAUGAAGCUGUUGACUUCUCAAUGCAAGUAUGGUGAUCUGAAUGCGGCUGCUGAUGUGCUUAGGGCAAUGAUUAGGUCGAGUAUUAUAAUUGAAGCUUGUAUAUACGGUGUCUUGAUUGAGAACUUUUGCAAGGCUAAUGAGUUUGAUCGAGCAAUUAACUUGCUGGAUAAGCUUAUUGAAAGGCAAAUAAUCUUGAGGCCACAAGGUUCUUUGGAGAUCGAGGCUAGUGCUUUUAACCCAAUGAUUCAUUUGACCUGCAAGCACGCGAAAGAAGGAUAUCCUGAUUCUGCUUUUGAAAUUGCAAAGAUCAUGGGUAGGAGAGAAGUGCCCAGAGAUGUAGAUGCUUACAAAUUGCUCAUUGAGAGCUACCUAUGGAAGGGUGAGCCAGCUGAUGCUAAAACAGCAUUGGAUAGCAUGAUUGAAGGUGGACAUCUUCUUGAUUCGUCAGUAUUCCGAUCAGUUAUGGAGAGUUUGUUUGAAGAUGGAAGAGUCCAAACUGCACGCCAAGUUAUGAAAAGCAUGGUAGAGAAGGGUGUAAAGGAGCACAUGGACUUGGUUGCUAAGAUCUUGGAAGCUCUCUUCAUGAGAGGACAUGUAGAGGAAGCCCUUGGACAAAAUGAGCAGCUCGUGCAGAGUGGUUGCAUGCUGAAUUUUGAUAGUCUUCUAUCUGAUCUUUCUGAGAAAGGGAAGACCAUUGCUGCUGUCAAGUUAUUAGGUUUUUGUUUGGAGAGAGACUGCAUAAUAGACUUCUCGAGCUAUGAUAAGGUAUUGAAUGCUCUCUUAGGUGCAGGAAAGACCCUGAAUGCUUAUUCAAUAUUGUAUAAUAUAAUGGAGAAAGGAGAGACCACUAACUGGAGCAGUCUUGACAAUUUGGUAAGAGCCUCAUCCAGGAGGGCAACACAAAGCAAGCAGAUAUUCUCUCUAGAAUGAUGUUAGGAGUGGACACAGCAUCUGGAAGCAAGAAAGGGAAGAAGUAAACAACUAUUGUGAGCUAAGUGGUCCUUUUAUCUUUUUAGAUUUUACAACUUUUCUGGUUUUUCUCUCAACGAUCGUUAAAAUUCAUGACCAUUCUCUUUCCUGUCCCGUUGAUUUAAGAUGAGGAAUUUUGUUAAUUCCAUGGAAUCAUUGAUGCUACUGUUGAAGCAAUAUGUAUUUUCAUAGAUAUGAAUGACGGUUUCAUAGAAAUUGUAUGAAGGCUUCAUGAAUGGUUAAUAAUGCCUGUUCUUCACG